UGUCUCUUCAGGCCUUCAGUGCUCCCAGCUCCCUCCUAACGCACAGUGCGUUCGCAAAAUCGAUCCCCAUUCACCAAUUUUCACAGUAAAAAUGCACUCAUUUUGAUUCGAAUAACUACCGAUAAUAUCGACAAUCGACAGUGAAAUGAUUCCCAGUGCAAUAACAAAGAAAUAUCUAAUUAAUAAAUUCCUGUAACAUGUGCCUGAAGUGUGAUAUCUGGAGCCACGUAAACGUUUAUCUGAGAUCGUACCGCAUUUUUACGAAUGGCUACCGUUAAUUAUAAUAAAACAAGUUGAUCAGCCAGUGAGUUGAUGAUACCCGUAGUAACGAGUCACCAGGAAUGAUUGACAGACCGAUAGGUCUUGCUGACUAACAACGUCUUUUAGGAUGAAAAAUCAUUGGACAAGAGGAUUGAUACAAAAAAUAACGAGUGGAGUACAUUUGGAAAUUGAAUAAUUGACUGGUGGAAUGAUAUUUGUGGGGUCAUUGCCGUGUGGAUCGAUCAUUCGUGGAGGAUUUGUGCUUCUCGGUGAUGAGAUGAGGAUAUCUUGAGGGUGCACGUCUGUACGGAGAUUUAAUAGUUUCUGUGGUGUGAUAAACUCCUCGAGUUCCAGUGAAUUUUGCGAAUUUCGGUGACUGAGGGAGUGGUGGGGAUAGACGCCGGGCCACGUUGGGAUGCCGUCGACCUGAGGAAUUUGAGUUAUUGAAGAAGGGGACGUGCUACAGACUGGAGGGAUUUUCGAGGGAUCAUUUGGAAGAAUCGAGGGGCGACAUGAGUGUCAGCAGGGGGCAGAGAAAUGGAGGGGGCUGCGAGACCCUCGUCAGCAAGUGCGAGAUACCCAUCAUCGAUCUUGCACACAUGGGAACUGAAAGAUGUCCUCAGAAGGGCGUAGUAAAGCAAGUAGCUACAAAAUUGGUGAAGGCCCUGUCUGAAAAAGGACUUGCGCUGCUCGUGAAUCAUGGAAUACCAGACUGCAAGAUGAAGGCUGUGUACAGAUCUUUGGACAGAUUUUGUGAAUUACCAAAGGAGUCACGUGAGAAGUAUGAAUUUAUAUCACCCUGCAGUCAUGGAUAUAAAAAACCAGAAAUUGAUCCAUACAACGUGACUGAGAAAGAGGCGAGGCAUGAAUACAUCAUCAGUGGUGGUGACAACAAAGCUAUGCCAGACGACGAUGUCCCCGAUUUUCGAUCGACUGUCGGUGAACUCGCCAGGGACAUGAAACAGCUCUCAACAAUGUUACUCACCGCUCUCGCAUUUGGCUUGGAGCAGCCUGGAGACUUUUUCCUGGGUAAACACUCGCAUAUUUUGGAGGACGGAAAUGAUUCCACUAUGAGAAUCAUUUAUUAUCCACCCUCAGCUGUAUCGGAGUCAGGGACAAUGCGCUAUGGGCCUAGAUGUGACUGUGGAACAUUUACACUGAUUGCGCAGGAUUGCGAGGGUGGUCUGGAAAUUCAGUCUCCCAAUGGUGAGAGAUGGGGGAGAGUUGGUCACUUACCGGGUGCAAUUCUUGUAACGACUGGAGACAGCUUAGCCAGUUGGACAAAGCAGCAGUUGCCAUCCUUGAAACAUCGUGUCGUAGUGCCAGAGCAUUGUGGACGUGGUCGUCACUCCAUAGGAUUCUUUGUUCACCCAGAUGAUGCCGUUGUCAUCGAGCCAUGUGACACAAAAAUAUCAAUUCCAUCCCAAGAACCGGCGAUUUGUCGUUUGGUGAAGAAAAAACGAGGUGUUUUAACAGCAUAUCAUCAUCUCCAGCGUCGCUUUCGCGAGACUUACGCCUCUUGAAGUCUUAUCCAAGUAUUACGGGGCACAAUGGGUGGCCUUAUGAGUGGCCAUUUUCUUAUGGUAAUAGUAAAGGGAUUUUUUUUUUCAAGUAGAGGAAGAAAAAUUUAUUCGAGUGAAUUAUUUUUGUGAUCACUGAAAAAGAGAAGUAAUGACUAAUCCCUAGGAUUGGGGGGAUUUACUGAUUGAUUUUUAAAUAGUUUUGGGGGAGGAACUUAUGCAUCUGAUGGUAGAUCUUGGUCAAUUGUAAUUAAAGGGUUACUAUUGACGUUAAAUUGAUGGUUAAGUGGGGAAGGGCGGGGAGUAAUUCAGAAAUUUUUCAGCAAAGAUGUUUGAAAUUGAAUUAUUGGAGAAAAAGUAGUUUCAUCUUUUUUUUUUUUUAUUAAUGUUGCUGAUAAUUAACGAAUUAUUCUUCGCAAAAUUUAUUGCCCUCAAAAAAGAGUUGACAAUAAUUACCAUUAAUGAGUGAUUGAAUUUUAAUGGAGUGAAAUAUCAUUGCUCUAUUUUCUUAAUAAGAUGUGACUUAUAUGUACGAGCAGCCAUGAGCCCUCAGUCAAAUAAUAAAUCAAUUUGUACUUAAAUUAA